UGAGUGUCGGCGUGAAGUGGUGCCGCAGGCACGCAAAUGCCACCCUCUGAUCACACCGCCAGGGCCUUUGGGGCCUAGGCAGCGUGCCUGAUUGAGCAGCGCGGCCGGCUGCAGCGCUGCCUCGGCCCAGACAGCCCCGCUGCCCUGCCGCCUCCCGCCUGCGCCUCCGCCUCGGCUACCAUGCUAUCACUGCUGGGGGCGGCUGUGGUUGGCUGGCUGGGCUGGCGGGCAUGGCAGCAGCUGCAGCAGUGGCUUGCAAAGCUGAGGGUCCUGAGCGCGCUGCCGCACCCCAGCACCACCGCCACCCUGACGGGCUCCCUGGAACUGAUCGCCGACAGAGACCACAUGCACCACGCCCUGGGCCGUGCGGCUGCCGAGCUCGGCGGCCUGUGCUAUGUGCGCAUCCUGUGGCAGCCGCUGGUGGUGGUCACCGACCCGGCGCUGUGCCAGCAGCUGCUGAGCGCCGCCAUGGACCUGCCCAAGGACCCUGGGCCCUACCACUCCUUCAACACGCUCACCAGCCCUGGAGGCCGCACCCCCAACAUGCUGGGCCACACAGCCAGCCACGGCUACUGGCACCUGGUGCGCAAGGGCGUGGCCGGCGCCUUCUCGCCGCGCAACAUCCGCGGCCAGUUCCCGCACGUGCUGCGCCUGGCGGACCAGAUUGCGGGCAUCCUGCGCGGCGCGGGGCCCGCCGCCGUCCUGGAUCUGGACAACCUCCUGCAGCGGGAGGCCAUGGACGUGAUCGGCAGGAUUGGCUUCCAAACCGACUUUGGCGCGCUGGAGGCUUAUGCCAGCGGCGCCCACGGCGGCGGGCCACUCCACGUGGCCAGCGUGUUUGAGACGACCAAGGGUGCGGCGCUGGAGAUCGCCAAACGGUGGAGCCAACCGCUGCGCACGCGGGUGUGGCGCCUGAUCCCGGAUGCGCGGCGCGGCGAGGCCUGCCUGCGCGCAGCCCAGGCGCGCAUGCGGGCGCUGCUGGCAGAGCUGAAGGCACGCGGCCCGCCGGCGGAGGAUGACGCAUCCAUCGCGGCGCACCUGCUGCGCAUCAGGGACCCUGCCACCGGCCGACCCCUGACCGACGAGCAGCUGGCGGGGGAGGUGGGCCUCAUGUUCUUUGCCGGGUUUGAGACGACCGGCCACACCAUGGCCUGGGCGCUGUUCCUGCUGGCCAGCCACCCGCAGGCCGCCGCCAGGGUGGCCGCCGAGCUGGAUGAGCAUGGCCUGCUGGUCAUGCCGCGGCGCCCCCGCCCCCGCCAGCUCGAAUAUGCCGACCUCUCCAAGCUCAAGUAUCUGGGCCAGGUGCUGAAGGAGAGCAUGCGGCUGGUGCCGGUGGUGGCGGGCGGCACGGCGCGCAGGAGCGCCAAGGAGCUGACGCUGCGGGGGCACCGCAUCCCCGCAGGAACGACGCUCAUCGUGGGAGGCAUCGGCCUGCACCUGAGCAGCCACAACUGGGAGCGGGCCGACGAGUUUCUCCCCGAGCGCUGGGAAGAGCCCGGGGCAGAGUACUGGCCGGGGGACAUGUGUCCGGCGCGGGCCGGCACGCGCCCCGAGGGGAGCAGCGGCAGCACCGGUGCAUCCACCAGGCCGUUGGGUGGGGAUGAGGAGGAAGAGGAGGGCGACGGCGCUGGUGCUGCUAGCGCCAGCGGCGCCUGGACCUUGGUGGACAGCGACAGGCCGCCGCUGAGGUUUGCCCCCUUCUCUCAGGGCCCCCGCAUCUGCAUCGGACAGCACCUGGCCAAGAUGAAUGCCACCGCCACGCUGGCCCUGCUGCUGUCGCGGUUCACGUUUGAGCUGCCGCCGGAGCUGCGGGGCCCUGGGGCGCUGUGGGACUUGCAGGCACGCCAUUGCCGGCAGCAGCGGCAGCGCUUGCCUGUGGCCGUGCCGCCUGCAAUGUGCAAUGAAGUCGAGCAGGCCAUCGGGCGUGUGCAGGUCAGCCAGGUCAGCAAGGAUCUGCUUGUAGUGGUGGCGCAGCAGCGGGAAGUUGAGGCGCUGCGCUUUGCCGCCCUUCUGCAGCAGGCGGUCGAUGUCGUAGGCCAUGCCGGCCUCCUCGGGAUGGCCGCUAGGAUGGCUUUCAAUCGCAUCGCAGUGAUAGCGGUGCUGCUGUGCAGAACAAAAGCCGAUUGCCUCAGGCAGGCGUGA